CGGUCGCCGAGAUGGCGGCCGCUUCUCCGCCGCGAGAGCCGCGCGUGCAGUGUCGCUCGCGCCGCUGGACUGGCGAGCUGCUGGGACACUACGGGCCUUUCGUGCGCAGACUCGGGGCCGGCCAGGCCGUUGAGGCGGAGAGCUUGGAACAGGCUCUCAGCGAAGCGCUCUGGAACUUUGAAACAGCUGUACAGGAGAAUAUUACUGUUAAUGGACAGCUAUGGAAGGAGUCAUCAGAUGAUCUUCAAAAUGAUACGGACCUAAGACUCCUUGAAGAUCAGCUUGAUGAGUUAAUAGUGGAAGUGGCUUCCAAGCGUAAUCAGUAUCCCAGAAAAAUACAAAUGCAUGUUGUCAAAGGCAUUAAAAUGCAGCAAGAAUUGUUGGGCUGCUGUCAACCUGCUGUGAAUCCUCAAGAGAUAAAAGCAGACCCUUCUCAAGAUACUUGUAUGUCAGCAUUGACGCUUUCAACAAAAACUGCAUCUAGACACUUUGGAGAAUCAUUUAAGUCAUUGUCAUCCCUUGUACAAAAAGCUAAAGGUUUCUCAGAAGCAUUGUCUCUGCAGCCAAGUUUGGAACAGUGCACACUCCACCAAGAAAUUCUCUCUGGCUCAGAAAUGAAAAAGGAGAAUAAAAUCCAUGUCAAAAGCCUUACAUCACAGGUGGAAGUCAUACCCCCACAAACUGCUACAGCUAAUUCUGUUCUACUAAAAAGACUUCAAGGUUCCUCUCAGAAACUGUAUCCACUUCAAAAAAGAAAAAUAAGUCUUGAUACAUGAAAGUUUUAUUUGUCGCCUUCCUCUUUUCUGUUUGAAUUGUCUACAGUCCAUAAGCAGGGACACCUCUAAAGCAUCAACAGUGUUGUGGAAUUCAUAAGACAAAACAGAUCUCAUCUGAUAGUAAUGUGUUGCUGGAUCCUUUCAUAUUGCUCUAAAUAUUACAUACAACGCUUACACUAUUUGUUAAAGUUGAGCAUCAUUCUUUGACAUUGAAACUUGCAGUUGCUGUAACUUUGGUAUAUUCCAGUAAAUAUGAAGUAAAUUGUGAAGAUAAAUACUUCUCAGUGAUGAGGUCUCCAGAGUGGAUGCUCCCUGCAGGGAGCUGUACCCACACAUAGCAGACAUGCUGGCUCAGUUGUCACUAAAGCAGAACACUCUGUGGCACGGGAAGCUGCAAACGUAUGCUCCUGUGCAGCAUCUGUGGCUUCCAAGAAGAAAGCUGAAAGUCCUGUUACAAACAUCCUGUCCUUUAUGUACACAGGAAAGGGUUGCCUGGAUCACAGUGAAAGUUUUUUUUUUGCAGAGGGUGGGUGGGUUGGUGGCUGAAUGACUUCAAAAUUUUGUUUACUUGAACCCUCAACUAUUCCGGGCAUUUACAAUAAACCUGUUCAGCUGGAUGUCUGGUUGCAGGUUGAAUUGUCACUAAACAGCUAGAAAUAAGCAGGGAAGGAUGUGAUUUGGAGAGGAGCUGGGCAGCUUAACAUACAUGGGUGAAGGGCUAUGGAGAAAGAAAGUGAGAGCCGGGAAGGGAUUAAGAACCUUUCUCCUGCCCACAGCAUUCAAAUCAUACUUUCUCUGUUUUAGGUAUCCAAACCCAGGUCUGCCCCAAACAUCUAAUUUUGUCCUCACAAGAAACCUGGAAUGAGUGUAACUGCAUUUGAAAUGGUAAUAGAAUUAUUUGCUUGCAUGAUGUGCCGUUUUUAAUUAAAACCAUGCCAAUGAUGCAUAUUAUAGUUUGGUAUUACUAUUUUUAUGAUCUCUUGAAAACUGCCCUCUUUAAUUGUAUUGCCUCUUUUGGGUACCCCUGUGCAUUACAUUAAAAAAUAGCCUGCAUUAUAAAUCUAGGGUUCUAAUAAAAUAAUGUUAAGCUAGGUUCUUUUUCAGUUGAACUUGGGUUGUGCACAGUGUUAAGUCUAACUUAAGUCCCAUUCAUUUCAAUAGAUUUGCUCUAAGUAGAACUGUCAUUGGAUACAACUUGAUCACUGAAAAUGGGGAGAUGGUCCCCUCUAGGACCCUUUUUAAAACAUAUCCUUAGAACUUAUGUUGCUUACUUGAAGAGUGGUAUAUUGUUUUUCUAAAACCCAGCUGGAAUGUACAUGAAGUUAUAUCCACCUGCCAAGGUGUAGAGCUGAGAAACAGAUUUGCUCCAGCAGCAUGUAUUCAGAAAAGUCUAUAAAUAGGUGAUUAUAGAUAAUGGAUACUGGCAUUGCUUUAGAACUGGCACUGCCUGCUUCUCUGCUUGCUUGCUUUACCAUGUAAUACUUGUCCAAGUUAUACUUGUAAGUAACAAUAAGCACUGUACGUCCCCAGCGUUUUCUCCUAGAAUAAAUAUUAAACAAUUCAUAGUAUAUCCCCUGAACUUUCUAUAGCUUUAGGAACAGUAUGUGUAUUUAUGUACUGUAACUACAUUGGUGAAUCAGUACUAUCUGCAAGUAAUGUUUUCCUGUUUUACUAGCUAGAACUUACUGAAAAUGAAUUGCUUCUAAAGAUGCAAAAUAUUUCUCACCUAGGAAUAACUCUAACAAUUGUUUCUUGAAAUUGUUUCUCAAUGAGAGGAAAAUAGAUAAAAUACUAUAAACAUUU